AUGGCGCGACGCUACGAUAUUGAUGAGCUGCUAUGGCUGCGCUCAUCGCCACUGGUCACGAGGCCAGCUAAUCUGCCUCCGGUAGAAGAUUGGAUGGGCCCACUCCCCGAUCCGACAACACAAAGAAAAUCCAGCAAUAAUGCCGAACCGUCGGGUCGGAGGCCAAGCCUUUUCGAGACCCGUCAUAUCUCCCGCAACUCCGCUUCAGAGGAUAUCAUACUCGGACCGCCUAAGACUGCCUUCGCUUCCGCCUCUCGCAUACCCGGUAAAGGAUCUAUUGACGCUACGGAACGGCCUUUGAGGCAAGGCGAGUCGGAUGACCCCAAAAACAGUAAUUUCAACCUCCGAGACAAGUUCUUCAAAGAACGAGAUAGUGGAGACCGAGACUUUGCGGGUCGCGAUGGCAAGAUGGGAACGUUUAAUAACCGACGCGGGGAGAAGGAAGAUUGGAAUAACGGCCGCCCACGCCGCACUCUAGGCCCCGAUGAACAAGAAAGAAAACCACGACGCAACGGAGAGUUCGACCGAUGGGAGACUCGUGACCCGCGCGACCCCAACUCUGACCGUGCCGCGAAAGAUAAAGACGGGCGCUUCUUCACUCGGCGAGAGGUUCCACCAGGGCGCGCUAGACACGAAGGCAGUUGGUUCCGCGAUGACAGCACACAGGAAGCACCUGACACGGAAGAGGAGAAGGCUUCGCUCCGCAGCCGUGACUGGCGCCGUGACAGACAAGGUGCUGAUCGUGACUGGAACCGAGGAGGCAAGUUGGAACAAGAGCCAGAGUGGCUGGAUUCAACGGACCGGGAUGAAUCUCGUAGAGUCCAUACACAAGAAGAUUUCGAGCGCUGGAAGGAGAAGAUGAAAGCCGGAUCUUCCCAGCCUCCACCGGAAGAGAAGAAGGAAUCACAUAUCGAGCAGAUUCCCGAACCUGUACAGAACUCGGAGAGCAGGCCUACCGAUGGCGAGAUCUUUAGUCCUAGCGGCGCUGCUCUUCAGCACUCGACAAUGGAGCGCUUUUUUGGCCUUUUGGGUGACGCAAAGCAUGCCCAAGAUAUGGGUGUGCCUCUUCCGGCAGAGCCGGCCAUCAAGAAGGAGGCUGCGGCAUUCUUAGGAAAGCCUGGCAAAUCUUCUCGCUUUGCUGGUCUUUUCAGUCCUCCGCUGGGAAGCCCUGGCAAAGAGCCCGAAUCGCCAAUCAGUUCCAAGUCGCCUGCUCCUCCCCCAAUGCCCAUCAAUCCCUCGUCCACCGAUGCGGAUCAGGAGGGGUUCCAGCGCAUCUUACAAAUGCUUGGCGGAGGCAAGUCGCACAAUGCUACGCCGCAUAAUGACCCAGCUCAGAUCAAUAUCCAAGCCAAUCGCCAGCCUUCGAUGGUUCCAGCCGAACAAACUCGAAGCCCAGUGGCGUCUCCUUUGCGGGAACAGGGUCAGCGCCCGGAACUAAUGCAAAUGCCUUUCCAGGACACGCCAUCCCGUGGCCCAGAGCCAGGCCUAAAGGAAAACAUGUAUAGCCAGGAACCCCAGCCACGAGACCGUGAGCAUUUGCUCCGAUUGAUGCAACAGGUCAGGGUUAGUCCUGGUAGUGGCCAAGGCCAAGGUCCUCAGCACCAGCCACAAAGCGCUGGCCCAACUCCUGGAUUAAUGAAUAUUCCGGAUGCAAUGCCACACCCUCCUGGAAUUGGGCAUCCUGGUCCUGCUAUGAAGGGACCCAACUUCCUGGAUGACCCUGCUAUUGCUACUAUGCAGAGAUCUGAUGUUGAGCAGCUUCGACGAAGGAACGGGCCACCAUUGGGAUACUUUGAUGAAGUUCCCUUCCCGCAAGCGGCCCAGGUUCCAGUGACUCCUGGUGGUGGUCGCGGUCCACAAGGACAAGCACCACCUGGUAUGGGCAUCCAACGUCCUCCUGGCUUCGAGCACAUGCCGCCUCCAGGCUGGGGAGGCCAUCUGCCUCCGCCACAGCAAGCUGGUCCUCCCGGUCCUCUAGCUCCCCCUGGGAUUCCAACUCCGAACAGAGGCGUCAACCCUAACUAUAUUCCCAACGUUAUGCCGCUACAUGGAAACCUGCCUAUCAACGAUCGCCAGCCGUUCCCGCGUGGUCCUCCGCCCGGAAUGAUACCACCUCCCGGAUUUAUGAACGGUCCCCCACCUUCCGGUUUCCCACCUAUGCCGCACGGCGGAGAGAACCUAAUGGGUCCAUUUGAUGGGAACCCAGGUCUCCAGGGACCCCCACCGUCGUCUAGGCACUUGCUCGAUAUGUUUGGACAGGUUGGCGGAGGCGAUGCGAGGGGCGGUGGCAUGGUAGGACCGAGACAGUUUAGAUAA